AUGAACUAUCCCUGGCGGCCCGCUGCAGCUCUCAAUCCACACGCCGAUUCUGCGGCUUCCAAAUCAGCCAUCCCUCGUGAUCAACCCCCCUCUCGCCAUCUCCCCAUCACCGCGGGAACCGUCGCGUCACGUAUCCUCUCCCUUCAAAAGCUCGCGGGCCCCCCGAAAAAUAAAUCAUCCCCGAAACCUCCUUCCCGCUUCCCACCCACCCGAGCGGCGUCGAACAGUAGACGCGAGCGCAGUACUACUUCACCUCGGCGAUCGCGUUCCCCGCUGCGGAUUCGACCCACGUGGGAGAGCAGACGCGAAAAUUCUCGCUCGAGCUUUGGACGUCGCGCGACGAAUCUUUUUGGGAAUCCGGCGUCGAGAAAUUCGCAGCCGAGUGAACAGUUGCAGGCGGGGACGAGUCAUUCGUUUUUGGGGUUGAGGGUUCCGAGGGGGAAUGGUGAGGUGGGGUUUGCGAGAGAGGGGAAGGGGGGUGGGGAUGGUGGUUCUUCGUUGAGGGGGUUGUUGAGGGAAGAUGUGAUGGGUGGGGGGUGGGGUCCGGUUGUUGAUACUUUGAAGAUGUCGAGGAUGGAUUUGGGGAAGAGGAUUGAUGGCCGUGAGGUAGAUUUGGAUAGGGGCGCUAAGAAUUUGGGGGGCGAUCACGGCUCCACGCAAGCACCGUCUACUGCUCAAUUAAGUUAUGGACAGAACCGGACAUUGAAUCCUCGUCGUCAAAAGGAGAAGAUGCGGCAAGAUGAAAUGUCUAAUUCUGAGGUUUCCAUGCGUACAACGUCUACACUUCGGCGGCAGAGUGUUCGAAAUUUGUUUGAUAAACAUGGUAUUGAAAGACCACCUGGACUCGCAUCAUCCGAAGUGGGGAGGGAAGAAACCAAUGAACCUCAGAGACAUCGCGUCUGUCAUCUUUGCAUGUGGAUUCAUGAUAAAAAUGAAAACACCUGUUGGAAAUGUGGUCAUCGAUUAUGCAAAGCUUGUGACAGACUUCUGACAUUUUCAAAUGGAGGCAAAGAUGCAAGUUUUGAUUACAAGCGAGUGGUUCCUGUUGAUCGGAAAGAAGCAUCGAAACCAGUACACUAUGUAACGACACCUCGGCCAUCAAAAGGCCAAAUUUUAAAGCAAUCAUUGUCGAGACCUCUGCCGAUUCCAAUACAAAUGAGCAAGAAGGAGGUCGCUCCGACGGAGCCUUUUCCGCCAUUCUAUUCUGAGAAAGCUCCACCAGAAAGCUUGAAACCUGGACCUGGGUUAGAUUCAACAAAUUAUGGACCAUCACAAUCGUGUCCUGGUAUUUACAAAUCCGAGCGCUCUCAAAAUCUCUCAGCUCAAUCUGAAGAAGCCUCUCAAGAAAGCUCCAUACUUUCCACACCAAAUUCUUCCUGUCAGUAUGUCACCAACAAACAUAGAUCUGAGUCAGGAUCGUUGGAAACGCACGACUGCAGAUGUGAAAGCUGCCAGCAAGCCAAUCAUAGGAGUUUCGUCUGCCAACAUUCUACUUCUCAAUCACUUGCCCGAAGUGAGGAUAUUAUAGCUAUGGAUGGUCGGUAUGCAGCUGAUAGUAUCAAUGAUGAAAACAUCUAUCGCUCGCAUUCUUAUCCUGACUCCUCUAAAACUUCACAGCCCUCUAUGAGAUUGUAUCGAUUAUUGAAUGGACAAGUACACCGAGCAAUACAACUCAGCCAUGAAUCGGACCAUGUGGAAAUCCCACGGACGUCGAUGAGGCCAGAUCCAUUUUUGAAUAAUACAAUGCCUCGGACUACACAAUCUAUCCAUAGAGUGAACCGCAGAAACCGCACAGAAAACACACAGGGGUCAGAAAGCGCGUGUCGUAUGUUCAAUGGGUCGACCUAUCAACCUGUACAACCCAGUUUUACAAUGGAUAAUAUGGAAAAGUCGAAACUCCUAGAUAACUAUUAUCCAUUUCUCAAUGAUUCGAAACAUGGGAAACGUUCGUCGAGAUAUGGAUCGGAUUAUGUAGAAUGUCGUGGGUAUCCCAGGACUGGUCAUGGGCAUUGCGAUCGCAGUCCGGUUAGUUCGGGUAUCUUAGGGGAUUGCCAACACUGUCUUGAUGAUUGUGAGUGUUCUGCGUGCCAGAGCACAAUUCACAGUGUUCGAUGUUGCACAAAUGGAGUUCAUAAACCCAUGAUACAUCUUCAUCGCAGUCCAGCAAAGGUUUCCCUAAAUGAUGCGUUUAAUUCGAAUCAUGGACAUCCCGGCUCAACGCAGGAACGGAAACCCUAUAUCUUAUCUCGCUCGCAGACUUAUGAUCGUUCCACGGUUCAUAAAUAUGAUAGUGUUUCGGAAUGGUUGGGGAGUCCGGAUGAGCCUUCGCCACCUCGAAGAUUUGAUACUCCGACUAAUACGCCGUCGAAAACUCUUCAUCUUCCGAAGAAUAGUUCGUCUUUUGCUGUUAAACAAGCUAGGGAUUCGUUGUUGAUGGCUCGAACUCCUUCCCCUUGGACUUCAUCAUCGAUUAUUCUGAAAGAUAUAGCACCGCUAAUGAAGGAAACUUUUAAGAAAGCCUCAGAAAAUGCUUGCUCGAAAACAAUCGUAAACUCAAAUAGGCCAUCUUCAAGUGAUGGCACGAGAGAUAAAUCUGCAGCACCCGCAAGAUCAAAUCCUCGUUUUCCUACCAACUCUUCUCCGGGCUACUUUUCAUCCAAUCCUUGGCGAGAAAGAGAAGAGGUUAAUUUCCCCACAAAACAUCUUGAUUGGAAACAUGUGUUGAAAUCUCCACUGCAGAAAGUCGCUCGACGUUCAUCGGAUUGCGAAACCUCGGAUAUUUGUGGACAAGCGGAUUGGGCGGAUCGGAGACGCGAGAGCGAGGAAUCGAUUUCGCGGAGGGUGAGGAAGGAGAGGUUUGAGCGGCAAGAGGUGAGGAGUAAGGUGAGGAGGUGGGAGGAUAGGAGGUCGGAGAGUAGGAGGGGGGUGGUGAGGAGGGUGAGGGAUAGUGGGGGCGGUGGUGGUGGUGGUAGUGCUGGGGCGAGUGACAUGGUAACACCGGUUAGUGCGGGGGGAUAUUUUGAUGCGCAGAUGAGGUGGUUGUCGAGUGGGAGUGAGAGGGGGAGGGGGAAUGGUUUGAAGGGGGUUAUGGGGUCGAUUGUGGAGGAGGAGGGGGAGGGGGAGUUUGAGGGGGAGAGGGGGGGUAGAGAUGAUGAUGAUGAUGAUGGUGAGAAGCAUGAUUGUGUUUGGAAAAGGAGAGUUUUGAGGUUUGGUAGCAAGAGUAUAGAUUGUGGAUUGAGAAAUAGAAAUACAGAUGAAGCUUUGGGAGAGGAGAGAGUAGAAGGGGUGAGUGGAGUUAAGGGUGUUGCGAUUGUGAUUCAUAUGGAGAAUGGAAAGGAUUUGGUUUUGAGGACAAAUUGUCAUGGUGGGUUGAGUUGGGAGGGGUUGGAGAGGCUGUUGGGGGGUGAGAGGGGGGUUGAGAGGGGGGUUGAAGGUUGA